AAAUAUUUACAUAGAAGGAAAGUUGAAGUUGGAGUUACUAUAAGGAGCACAGGAAAAAGUAUCUUUAAGGUCUACCAAGGGCAGAAAUCCAUCUUUCCCUGACAGUAAUGCUGCAUUGUUCAGUUCGUUUAUGGUUUACAUCUAAUUCCUAGCUGACAAGUGUCCGUUUUUCAUUCUCAUUCAUUAGUUACCCUUACAUUAGAACCGCCUUUAAGGCAUCUGGUCUGCCUCUUCUCACGUUUCUCAGAAAUGAUAAAAGAUAUCCUUAAAGUUUUACCCACCCACCUGUCACAGCAAAAAACAGAGCAACAGUAAGGAGAUAAAAUAGAUUUGAUUAAAAAGAAGACUAGGGCCGUUCUUUGCUCUUUCUUGGAAGAUGGCAGCUACUAAAGGAAGUGAGGAAAUACUGUGAGUUUAUAUAGAAACUAUUACCUUUAGCAGGUGAAAAUGCUACUUUUGAGAGUUCUCUAAGCUAAAAAUGCAUUGAACUUGAAGGGAAUUUAACAGUGCAUCAAAAUUAAGCUCUAAUGCUCAUCCCCCCAGAAAGCAUAGAAAUUCAGAAAUAAAGCUAACAAUAUGGUGUACACUGAGUUUUGAUUUCCCAUUACACUAUUUCAGUUUUAUGCUUGUGGAAAUUCUCUCAUUUCAAUGCAGUUCUGAAUGCAGCCAUCUGUCCUUAACAGAUAGGCUUGUGCAGAAGUAUUUCAGGAGUCUUGGAGGAAAGUCUCAUCUUAAGUAUGCUGUAAAUGUGCUACAAUAUAUGCCACAAGAGCUCCCUCUGAAUUUACUAAGACUCUGUAUUAGUAAAGAAAAUAGCUUGGCUCAAGGUGAUGGGCCAGAAUCUUAAUUCUCCUCCAUGGUUUCUUUUUAUGAAGACAUCCUUGAAGGGGUAUGAGAGACAGGGGAAAUGUGUUGUGCUGUGUUGACUCCUAAGCCUGGUGGCAGAGUGGCACAUGUGAAGGAGCCACUGGCAGAAUGAGGGGGACCUUUCAGCAUCACUUCCCAGCAGGGCUUGAGCUGCUCUGAAGAGAUGAGUUGUGGCAGCAGUACUACCUGUGUAAUGGGGAGAGUAUUGCUAACUCAGUCAGGGAUUAUUCAACAUUACUAAAAUAAUAAUGGAGAGAAAGUGCAGCUGCCUUCCUUGUGUCUCUCCGUAUUGAGAGUGAGGGAAGAGAGGCUCUCUCAGCAUCACAUUUACAUGGCUGCUGAUGACCUAAAGCUUUAAUAAUUCACACUGCCUCUUCACAAGGAGGUCCUGACUUAGAAUAGAUCAAGUGUUUUAUUGUUUUGGUUUUUUUUCAGGCAUAUUUUCUGAAGAUUUUGAAAACUAGCUUUAAAAAAUUGGAUGUAUUUACUUGUCUUUUACCAUUCUGUGAGAAAAUGUAUUCCUUCUGCUUGCAAGCAAUUGUAACACGUAUGACACUUCAGAAAAACAACAAAUGUCUUUGAGAAAGCUUUGUUUGGAAGUGAUCCAAAGUCCCUCGUUACAUUAGCACACUCACCCACUCCUGGUCGGCAGUGUGAAGUUGUCAUGAGGACUGUAACCAUUAAAUGGAAAAGGAAGCUGCAGAUUGAAGAAUUAGUUAGAAUUAGAAAUCUUUGUUAUCUCCAAAAAAAAAAAAAAAAAAAAAGUCAUACUGCAAGGGCCACAAAAAAUAGGAAUCAGUGCAAAACGCAGUGCUAACCCAGUGAAGUGUUUCACGAUAGCACAGAAGGUGAGGAAAUUGUUCUCCUAAGCCUUCCGCUUCUUCGUAAUUUAGAGCUCACCUUAUUACCAUGAUUGUCUUUUGCAAUCAGUGAACCAUAUGCCUGGUGAGGUAGAAGCUGCCCUGUACAACUGCUGUCUGUAGCUGUUGGUAGGUGGCACAGCUGCAGCGAAAGGUGGUAGGUAGUUCUAUAUGGGUUAAGCUGUAAACACGUGGGAGGGAGCCAAAAGAAUAGGGUAUAAAAGCUUCCAGUCUUCUAAAUACACAAAUAUGUACUUUUUUUCUUUUUUUUUUCUUUUUAUUUUUUCAAAUGAGUAUCAUUUACUCAACAGCAUCUAAUGGCUCCUUUGAGAACAUUACUGUCUAUUAUGUCAAGGCACCUACUUAGUGUAUUUUUAGUUUGUGACUCACUGACCCGCUGUAAUCCAGUGGCACCAAUAAGCGGGGUGGGAGGGGAGCUGGGAGGGGCCCUUCCCACAGGAUUCACUGCACCUCCCAUAUCCACGCUGGAGAGCUUCACAGGGAAAACAAGCCCUGCACACCCAGCACUUCCAGCUGUUGAUAAUAAAGAGGAUCUCAGAAAGACUUUUGAGCAGGAGCCCCUGGGGAAAGAAGUGUCCCUGGAGCAAGAGGUCCUGCUCCAGUGCCGUCCUCCUGAAGGCAUUCCAGUAGCUGAGGUAGAGUGGCUGAAGAAUGAAGAGGUGAUCGAUCCUGUGGAAGACCGAAAUUUUUACAUCACCAUUGAUCACAACCUGAUCAUCAAGCAAGCCCGGCUUUCUGACACGGCUAACUACACCUGUGUUGCCAAAAACAUUGUGGCCAAAAGGAAAAGCACGACAGCAACUGUGAUUGUCUAUGUGAAUGGAGGCUGGUCUACCUGGACUGAGUGGUCAGUGUGCAACAGCCGCUGUGGGAGAGGCUUCCAGAAGCGCACAAGGACCUGCACUAACCCUGCCCCACUCAAUGGGGGGGCCUUCUGCGAGGGGCAAAAUGUUCAGAAAAUAGCUUGCACCACCCUGUGUCCAGUGGAUGGCAAAUGGACGUCCUGGAGCAAGUGGUCCACUUGUGGCACAGAGUGUACCCACUGGCGCCGGAGGGAGUGCACAGCUCCGGCCCCGAAGAAUGGAGGCAAGGACUGUGAGGGACUGGUGCUGCAGUCUAAGAACUGCACUGAUGGGCUCUGCAUGCAGGGUUUCAUUUAUCCUAUUUCAACUGAACAGAGAACCCAGAAUGAAUAUGGAUUUUCUUCUGCACCUGACUCGGAUGAUGUUGCUCUCUACGUGGGGAUUGUCAUUGCUGUGAUCGUGUGCCUGGCUAUUUCUGUGGUUGUGGCCCUGUUUGUCUAUCGCAAGAACCACCGUGACUUUGAGUCAGAUAUUAUCGACUCGUCGGCGCUAAAUGGGGGAUUUCAGCCUGUUAACAUCAAGGCUGCAAGACAAGACCUCUUGGCAGUGCCACCAGACCUCACUUCUGCUGCAGCCAUGUACAGGGGUCCUGUGUAUGCCUUGCAUGAUGUCUCUGAUAAAAUCCCAAUGACCAAUUCUCCGAUCCUGGACCCACUGCCCAAUCUGAAGAUUAAAGUUUAUAACACCUCUGGAGCAGUCACCCCCCAGGAUGAACUCUCUGACUUCUCCUCCAAGCUGUCCCCACAGAUUACCCAGUCUCUGUUGGAGAAUGAGACUCUGAACGUGAAGAACCAAAGCCUUGCACGGCAAACAGACCCAUCCUGCACUGCAUUUGGGACCUUCAACUCGUUAGGGGGCCACCUAGUAAUUCCUAAUUCAGGAGUGAGCUUGCUGAUCCCAGCAGGGGCUGUUCCCCAAGGAAGAGUCUAUGAAAUGUAUGUGACAGUCCACAGGAAGGAGGGCAUGAGACCACCUGUAGAAGACAGCCAGACGCUGCUGACACCAGUGGUGAGCUGUGGCCCACCAGGAGCGCUGCUGACCCGACCCGUUGUGCUGACCAUGCACCACUGUGCUGAGCCCAACAUGGAUGACUGGCAGAUCCAGCUCAAGCACCAGGCAGCCCAGGGACCAUGGGAGGAUGUAGUGGUGGUCGGGGAGGAAAACUUCACCACUCCAUGCUACAUCCAGCUGGACCCAGAGGCCUGCCAUAUCCUGACGGAGACCCUCAGCACGUACGCCUUGGUGGGACAAUCCAUCACCAAAGCAGCAGCCAAACGUCUCAAAUUGGCCAUCUUUGGACCGCUGUCCUGUUCCUCACUGGAGUACAGCAUCCGCGUCUACUGCCUCGAUGACACACAGGAUGCCCUGAAGGAGGUCCUCCAGCUUGAGCGGCAGAUGGGUGGGCAGCUGUUGGAGGAACCCAAAACUUUGCAUUUUAAGGGAAGUACCCACAACCUGCGCUUAUCCAUUCAUGACAUUGCCCACUCUCUCUGGAAGAGCAAACUGCUGGCUAAAUACCAGGAGAUUCCUUUUUACCACAUCUGGAGCGGGUGCCAGAGGAACUUGCACUGCACCUUCACGCUGGAACGAUUCAGUCUCAAUACCCUGGAGCUCGUCUGCAAACUCUGUGUGCGGCAAGUCGAAGGAGAAGGGCAGAUCUUCCAGCUGAACUGCUCAGUAUCAGAGGAACCCACUGGCAUUGAUUAUCCCAUCAUGGAUUCAGCAGGCAGCAUCACAACGAUAGUUGGGCCCAACGCUUUCAGCAUCCCCCUCCCAAUAAGGCAGAAGCUCUGCAGCAGCCUGGAUGCACCCCAGACCCGGGGCCAUGAUUGGAGGAUGCUGGCCCACAAGCUGAAAUUGGACAGGUACCUAAAUUAUUUUGCUACGAAGUCGAGUCCCACUGGGGUGAUCCUGGAUCUCUGGGAAGCCCAGAAUUUCCCUGAUGGCAACCUGAGCAUGCUGGCAGCAGUGCUGGAAGAAAUGGGACGACAUGAAACCGUUGUUUCUUUGGCAGCAGAAGGAAAUUACUGAUGCAGCCUUGGCGUGAACAGGAAGGACAGACGCAGGGAGCGGUAAUGCCCUGUUAUUGCAAGCAUUUGAAAUGAAAACCCAGACCAAUGAGUUACACAAGAGACAUUUCAGAGAAGAAAGCAAGCAAACAAACAGAAAAAAUAUACAGCCCUGACCUUCACAUGUGCUCUCCUUGUACAUUAUCACAGGAUCUAAAAGAAAUCAUGCAAAGUUGUACCUUGAAAAUAUAAAUCAACCUAAUGUUCCUCUUGGCUUGGCUGUACACUGCUUGGUACAGGAUUUUACAGUUUCCUAGGAAACGCUUUUUAUUGCUAUCCAGAUAUAUGGAUAAACUUUCUUAACAAUCCCAGUUUCUAUGGAUGUUGUUUACAUCAAAUUCUGGACAGGGGUAAGGAGACUGUCCAUGGCUCUUUAUAUUUUUUGUUCAAAGCCAUUCUAGACAAGGCUGUGGACAGUUGGUUGUGGCUAUUUCAGAUUAUUGUUUUCUGGUGAAUUCAGAUUUUGGCUACAAUUCUGAACAUUGAUUGUCUCAUAAUGAUCCUCCUGUCAUUAUUCUGUUUCCUAGACCUACCUGUAAAAAUAAAACAAACAAACAAAAAAAUCAGUGUUUAAGAGGCAUGCAUCUAGAAAGCAGGUACUCUGGGUGCUAAGCAGGAACACACAUACCAUUCCCAUCCUUCCCUGAAAGGAGCCCCACUGAGCCUUGGUGGAAAAUGGCUGUAAGACAGUGGGACUGUAGGGUAGGAGUCAAUUUUCAAUUCAAAGCGUAACAGGACCCCUUCUACCCCUUGCUAUAUGGUGGGAUUGGAUAUGCAAUUCAGAGUGGUUAGGGGAAGAAAAAAGAAAAGAAAAAACCUGAAAAAAGAAAAGAGAAUUUGCUAUGAUAGUUAUUUACUUAUUAGUAUCUAGUGCAAGGAUUAUAAUUAUUAUUAUUAUUAUCAUUAUUACUUUAUUUGUAGUUUUGUCAGCAGCAGGAUAAGUUGUUCCCAUUUUUAUUGAACCUAUUAUCCCCUUCCUGAAGGUCUUCUGAGAAGCUUUCCUCUAUAUACUGUCUGUCCUUCCCUUCUCCAGCCAUCCCUCCAGAGUCCUCUGCUAGCACAGAAGGGUUGGCCUUGCUGUGCUUAAUGCUUGAUGCAAGGAGAGUAUAAAAACUGGUAAUGCUUCACUGAAAACACUUCACAGUGUUCUGCACCUAGUGGGGAUGUUUGGCAUCUGCCUGGUCUGCUAGUACUCCAAGAAGCAAUCUCGUUCUUAGGUGCCUGCAGUGACUUGGCCAGUGCUAUCCAGUCUCCCAGGCCAAAUAAAUAGAGCCCACUGAUUCAGAAGAAUAAUUGCAAGCGUAUGGAGACACUGAUGCUGACUACCUGAUGUGAGGCUCACUCAGCACAUCUCCUUCUCUCCUCUCAAGCCAGCAGCCGUGACAAGUGUUGAGUGGUGAGGUGGUAACCCCAUGCCUUGCAGAUUUUUGCCUGCAGCCCCUCUCUGCACCCCCUCACACUGCAGCAUGGGCAGUGUGUUGCAGGUCCCUGCUAGCCUGCGGGCUGCAUUUGGCCUUCUGCUAUGCCCCUCUUGGCUGCUGCAAGCCGGUGGAAUGGGAACUUGGCAAAAGGACCUGACUACUGUUUUUAUCAGUUGUCACUGCAAGCCUAUUCCAUUUUCUGCUCUGUGAAAAGACUGACCUUUCAAUACAACACAGCACACAAGAUUGCAGUGGUUUAACUUACAGUCCUGUUUGUCUGCUGUUCCUGAUACAAAGAAUGCUUUCUUUUCCAUCCCAUCAGCUACAGGUUUAGACCAGGCCCUGGUUAUUGCUAUUGUGCACCAACAGCCACCUCCACGCCUGCAUAUAUUCCCACUUAGUGCUCUUCCUCAGACUUGAGUUCUUUUGGUUUUGUUUUGUUUUGCUUUGCUUUGUUUUUGUGUGUUUUACCCAAGGCUUUCAAAAGUGUGCCUUUAAAGGUAACUUUGAAAAUGUCAUUGGUCAAAAUUAAAGGAAAAUGUCAUCUGACCUUUUUCCCAUUUGACAUUUUCAUGGGCUUGGGACUUUUUCUUUAAUUUCUCAGCUCUCUGACACCAGUGGUGCUUUCUUUAUACACCGAGUAGUGAUCACAAAGCACUCAUUUUCUCAGCGGUUAGCCAGCAGUAUGCAAAUCAGACUUCCAGUCAAAUCCAGGGACUUGAGGACAUAAAUUUUAACUUUCAUUAUCAGUUCAAAGUUACACAUUUUGCCUGUGUAAUUCUCUCUGUACUUCCCAGAACAUGGAAAUGCCGAGGGCAUCGUUUUCACAACCAACCGUCUUGUUUCUUACGUUGCACUCUGCAAUGCUAAUGGAAAUCUUGCUUUUGGCUUCAUGAGGCUUUGACCAAGGCUUACAGCUCUGCCCUUUUCCUGUGUUCUUUACCCACCUUAGAGCUGUAGGUCUUAGCUUUCCUCCCUCCUGUUUCAUUUUCAGGUGUAAGUAGUUGUAUGUGAUGUACGUGUCUUCACCCUUCCCGUACGUUCUUCCUGUGGAAUUCCUUUCCCAGGGCAGGCGCAUGACCUUGACUUUCUUUCAGCUCCUUCCUCUUUUACCUGUCUUUCUUAGCGCACAUCUAGGCUCACUUGUACUCCCAGCUGCGGGCUCUUGAUAGAUGUGAAAUGCAUGCACUCUUCUCACGGGGCCUUGUGAGGAAGCGCCUCAGUUUUCUGGUUCACUUCAGGACUUCUUUCCAUGUGAACUAUUUGACCUACCCUUUCACUAUCCUCUUCAGGAAAAAUAGAUGAAUAAUAUUCUUCAAAUAUUCUGAAUUUGGGGUAUUAUCCUUCUACUGUUUUGCUGUAAGGGGAUUUAUUGAGAGGGAAGAGGAUCCACAAUGGAUGGCAGUGAAGGAUAUCGCUGCCUGACAGGUCAGUGGCAUCACCGUCACCAGGAGAUGGAGCUGGUCUUCUUCCAUCCGGACUGUUCAAAACGCUGCGGUCACAAAUGGGACAGUUUCUCUGUUCAGUUCUCCAUCUGCCUUUUCAGGCAGUGUGUGAGCUGCCUUUUGUUUCUUCCACGGAUCCACACCUCAUUGCCACCACUGCUGAUGUGAGCUCCCACUCCAACUAAAGCUCUUUUCUUGCUCUUUUUUUUUAAUUUCUCCUAGUCUCUGAGGCAGAGCCUGGUGGCAAACUGUGCAGCAAGGGAGUAGACCCCGUGGCAUCCCCCACAGGAGGAGGGUGGGCAGCAAGGCCAGCUGGCUGCCGGUGAUGCCAUGUUGUGUGGAAGGCCGUGCGGCGUGGGCACACUGCCAUCUUGUGGGGCAGCGCCCUGAGGGGAAGGCCACACUGCUCUGUUAGCUGGAGAAACACCACCCGGAAAAAGGCUGUCCCAUCGCUUGAGCUCAGUUUGGCAGAUAGAGCAAAUGCUUAGAGAUCACUGUAACAUUUGCUCAGGGACAUGAUUUAGCAGAGGGUUGUUAGAGUUAGAGUAGUUUGGUUAGGUUGUGGUUGGAUUCGAUGAUCUUUAAGGUCUUUUCCAACCUGAGCAAUUCUAUGAUUCUAACAUUUUAUGUCAGGUGAACGCAUUUGUUUUUGGAAAUGGCUGCAGGCUUCUUACCCUCCAGUUAUUGCUACCUUUUAAAGUGCUUAUCCUUUCAGUUGUCCACCACGUGCUGUAUCAGUUUUGCUGCUCUUCAUACCACCUCUUUGUUAAGUACACGCUGAUUGCUAGUGAUAUGAAUAAUAUAUAUAUUAUAUAAAUAUAUAUAAAAUUCCUACUGACUUCAAGGAAAAUCUUUGAUUUCUGACUUAGAAGUGCUGUUGGAGACAGUCCUUUUCACCUGAUUUUCUUCAGUUCUUCUUGUGUUGUGUUCUUGUAAAGGUGGCUGUCAGUGUAUGGGGUAAGUCGUUCGGGGUUUCUUUUGCUUUUUUUUUGUUGUUGUUGUUGUUGUUUUCAAAUUACUCAUAGCUGAUCCCUUGCAUCAUGCUGAACAGUGCAAGACCUAAGAGCUGUUCUAUUGAAUCCUGAAAGUCGUGAGACAAGUCUUGAGUCAAGAUUCGCUUCUCUGGGAGACUCAGGCUCUUUUUUUCCAAAUAAUUGGCAGAAAUGCAGACAGUCAUGAGACAUGUUGGAGUCUGGGAUGCACACAGAGCAAAACAUGUCUGUUGCUUGGGUUUUUUUGCUAUUUCUGUUGCUUACAUAUAGAAUAAAUCUAUUUACAUGCUGUAAGCCCAUCAUUGUGGACAGUCCUAAUGUCUUGUAUUGCUACCUAAAAUAGUUUCUUUUUGGUUCUCCAUUUCUUCUUGUUUUGGGGGUGGGGUGGUAUGGGGAAGGGGUGGGGGGGAACCUUUAGACUCUUGUAUGCUCUAGCCAAGUAGGUACCACAGCCCAGAGGUUAAUUUUAAACAAGAUGAUACUGUUGAGUUUUUGCUCCUGUGCCAAGGGAACUUUGUAAACUAUCUUCCUGAGUGUUCAGAAGUCUUUUCAGGUAUUGCUUGGGCUCUUGUCUGGCCCCAGAAUGACUAAUUGUUUGCAGGCUGGCUUGCUUAAUCAGGCAGUACAAAGAUAUGAGUGGGUUGUGAAUUAAAACCAAACCCUUGCCCCUCCUUCCAGAGGGGCUCCAACGAGGUAUUGACUUUGGGGUCACCACCAUAAUUCAUUCCUAGCUUGUAUGUGAAAGCUUGAGUUUUUAAACUGAGCUACAUGGCAGACUUUCAAAUGCUGAAGGAUGCAUCUCUGACAUUCUUUGAGGUGGGAUUUUCACAGUAAUACAAAGUGUGUGUAUAUACAUACAUACGUACACACACAUACUCAGAAAAGAGAAAGGAAAUCUAGCGUGGGAGGCUUUUAGCUCUUACGUUAGUCAUAGGCAUCCUCUUACAACCAACUUUUGCUUGGGAAGGUGAAGGUGAAAGUGAAAAUUCAGUGCUGUACCAUCACUGCAAGGUCAGAUGAUAGGCAGCACUGCAAGAGCCAACAGUUGUUUAAAAACUGAUGCAGAAGUAGAGUUGGGCUUGAACCAAAUCCACAGAAUUGAGCUCUCAAGUUUAGUAGGUCAAGCUCCUUGCUUGAAAGAGAAUCAUUCCAUUUGUUUACCUACUUGUUCUUUAUUUAAGCUUGGCACAUGCUCCCUGAAUUCUGAAAAUCCCUUUAUCUGAAAGUCCUUUGAUAAGCACUGACUGUAUAAAAAAGCAGUGAUAACUCAGAGUUCCCACUAACCUCUAUCACUGAAUAGGUAUCCCACAUUUUCUGUGAUGCUAGUUAAGUAUAUUUAAUAGUGUUUGAGUCUCUUUGACCAUUAUCAAAGAAAUUAAUGGCUGUGUGUACCACACCCUGGGUCUGGCCUUUUCUCCAAGAGCAUCCUGUAGACAUGGCAAGCACAUAGCUUCUGGAUGGCCUGAAGAAGCGGAAUGUCACCUAUGAUCUCUCAGGGACAUCCUACAGCAGUAGGGUGCCCCUCAGAGGCUUGCAUGCUGGUCUCCAGCUGCCAGCUUGCAGCUGGUAGGACAAUAGCCCAUAGAUGAGAAAAGCUUGCACAGCCUCUUUGGUUGCUGCCAGCUGGCUCUUGCUACAACUUGUCAUUAUAUUUAAGAGCUUAAACAACAAGAAUAAAAGCAAAAUCAGCCUGGAAAGUAAAUAAAAUUAGAAAGAAUGAGACACAAAACAGUCUUCUCUCAUCAAUCUUACAGGUCUGCUUUGCAAAAAGCAGUGCCCAAAGAGUGAGCCAAUACUGUACGUCAAAGCAGAGUGCAUAACACAGUUGAGAAGUCAUGGCAUAACCAUUUUGGCAUAUCUGUGUGGUCAACUUAUUUGGUAACAUAUGUUCUGUUCGUUAAUGUCCAAGAGAGAAAAUGCAAAGGCUGUACCUUUAUAAAGUAUGAACUACUUCACUUACUUUUGUACCUUCAUAAAGUGUCAAAGGAGGGGCCCAUUUCUUAUGGGCCCUGUGUGAUCCAGGCCGAGGAGAUGUAUAAUGUUCCUUCCUCCUGUUCACAAUUCUCACCUUUGCAGCUCUGCCAGAGUUUGUGGGAUUUGUUUUCUUUGCUAUUCAGACAUGGAGAAGUAUUUUGGUUUUGACUUCCCUAUUGCUGUAUCUUCUAUGCAACUCCUUUUCUAAAGACUUACUACCGGAGAAGUGCUAGCCAUUGCAUUAUUUGUAUUGCUGUACAGUGGAGGUGUGGUUUACUAGUUCUGAGUGUGCCUCUUACCCCCCUCCCUUUUUUUCCUUCCUUCUGUUUGUAAAUGCCUGCAUUUAUUCUGUCAGCCUGACAUGUACAAAGUGUAAGAAAGAAUUUUUAAACAGGUAAUAAAUUAUAUUUAUAAGCAACUGGAAAAAAAAUA